AUGGAGUCCAAGCCGCCGGCCCCCGGAUCCACACCGCCGUCCCCCGGACCCGUCCCCGCACAGGUGCCCAGUUCGGCUCCAGGUGAACCGGCACACAUCAGCAAGGCCGGAUCCACCCCGGCGAUGCCCGCGAGCGGCACAUCUGCUACUGCGGUCCCCAAUGUUGCCUCGGUCUCUGAUGACGAACGUCUGAAAUUGGCUUGUGAAAAGAUAUCCGGGUCCAUUUUUCAUGUGAAGUUUGAGUCCAGGGAUAAAUCUGAUCUCGAAGCUUAUAUCCAGCAACUGAUAGCCAAGCUGCCUGCUGCGAGGAAAGAUGAAUGGCAUAAAAAGAGGGAUGAAAUUGUGGGUGCUAUCUCAGAAACUACCACGGGCUUUGUGGUUGGAGAAAAUCAGGGUUAUCUGUUCAUACUGACUUGCGCUCAUGCAUUCCAAGCAUGCUUCAAUCGAUCUAAUCCAAUUUCAGCUACAUCUUUGAGGAAACUGUUCAAGAUUUCGGUCAGGUGUGGUCAUGAAGAGCUUAAGCAUAACCAGAGGGGACCGAGAGUGUAUACCGAGGCUGAAGUUUACAGGGUUGACUCAAGGAAAGACAUGCUGCUCUUGAGGGUUCAGAAGCAGGGGUCCAUGUCUCAUAACCUGAGGGGUCAAGAAGAUAUCCAUGAUGACAAUGAACAUGGCUAUAACUUCUCUGCUAUUGAAGUGAAUAUCACUUCUGAGGCCGGGAGCUCAGGCGCACCAGUGGUGGACACGGCAGGUAUCAUCAAGAAGGUGGGAACAUCUGGCUCAGGAGCGGGAAGCAGUAGCAGCAGCCUGAAGCGCAGUGCUGGUGCGCCUUGA